UGCGCGGUGCCCCAGUCGUGCGGGGUUAGUUUAGGAGACGUUAGCGUUGCAAAAUACGUGGCAGAAGGGUGUCAACAUGGAGAUAGCUGCUCUGGCCGCGUUAACUUUGUUACUGGGUGCACUGGUUAUUCUGGUUGCGUUAGCGGUGGGCAGACGGAAAGAAGAAAUAAGAGAGGAAACGGAGCAGGCAGCGGAGUUUGCCGCUGAAGCCAGUGCUGUGAAGGGUUCCCAAUCCAAGAAGCAGAAGCAGGAGAAGCAGCGUGGCCGCAAGGAUAAACCUACACAACACACUUUCAGCCAUCCGCUGCUGGCAGCCUCUCUGAAGGGCCACAGUGGAAAUGUGACGUGCCUCGAUUUUAGCAGUAACGGGAAGUACCUGGCGUCCUGUGCUGACGACCGCACUGUUCGGAUCUGGAGCACCAAGGACUUCCUGGACCGCGAGCACAAGUGUCUGAGAGCCAAUGUGGAGCUGGAUCACGCUACGCUGGUCCGGUUUAGCCCUGACUCCAGGGCGUUUAUCACCUGGUUGGCCAACGGAGACUGCAUACGAAUCUUCAAAAUGACAAAGAAGGAUGACGGCUCCAUGAGCUUCAAAGCUGCUCCCGAGGACUUCCCACAGAAGCACAAGGCCACCAUCCUCAACAUUGGCAUCGCAGAGACAGGCAAGUUUAUCAUGAGUGCCUCCACCGACACCUGUAUCAACAUCUGGGACCUGAAAGGAGAGGUGCUGGCCUCUAUCAACACGAACCAGAUAACCAAUUCUUAUGCUGCCAUCUCCCCGUGUGGCAGGUUUGUCGCGUCCUGCGGCUUCACUCCUGAUGUGAAGGUGUGGGAGGUUUGCUUCGGCAAAGGAGGAGACUUCAGAGAGGUGGUGCGAGCCUUUGACCUGAAGGGCCACUCUGCUGGAGUCCACGCAUUUGCCUUUUCCAACGACUCUCGCAGGAUGGUGAGCGUCUCCAAAGACGGCACGUGGAAGCUAUGGAACACGGACGUGGAGUACAAAAAGCAGCAGGAUCCCUACCUCCUGAAAACCGUUCCCUGCAGCUCGUCUGAAGGCAGCCGGGUGGCCUUGUCUCCAGACGGCCGGGUGGUGGCCGUCAGCGAUGGCUGCAACGUGGCCAUGUACGAUGCUGCCAGCGGAAAGCUGGAGGAGGAGAUGCACGGCGUCCACAGCAUGGAGAUCACGGACCUUAGGUUUGACAUUAACGGACGCUUCUUGGUGUGCAGUGGCGACAAGGCUAUCCGAGUGUUUCACAAUGCUCCGGGCUACCGGGCUGCCAUCAAAGACAUGCAGGACAUGCUGAGGAAGGCUCAGAACGAGGCCAUGAAGCAGAGACUGCAGCAGCAGAUCAAAGAGGCUCAGAGUGCCCUGGACGCUGUGCUCGCUGCCCCCUCCAACUAAACAGAAAUAACAGGAAAUCACACUCUGAAUGUGACAGUGUCAGACUCUGCUAAUCAUUUGUUUGCAUAGUCACCUCUGCCUCUUAAUGAUCUGGACUGUGAAGAUGAGAUUUGCAUGCAGUUUAAUAAAAGGUAUCUUUUUAUGGAAGUGCUUCGUUUGAUUUGAGACAUUUGGACUUCUGAGUGUGAUGUGCUGUGAUUGUGUUUGAUUUGUCAUAGUUUGUGAAAUUGGUCUCAUAGUUCUUCAGAGUCACUAUGUGGAAAAAGGAACAGAUUAACAGUCCCUUUAACAUCUAAUGGCCACUGUCGGUUUGGGUGCUUCAUUUCCAAGUCCAGGUGUUGUCUGUGCUGACUCACUGUGAAACUUUGAACACAAACUAAUGUUAAUGUCCACCUUUGCUUUUCCUACUGUGGUAGGUCAAAAUUUCUGCUGUGAAAAAAGUUAAAAGUGUAAUAUUUUCCCAGAGGGUGGCGCUGCAGUAAAAUUCCUUUUCUGCUUAUUACAGCCAAAGUAAAUCUUUGGAAAUCUCCUCUUUGAAAUCCUUAAAGCUUUAUCUAAUGGCAUUGCUAUUGAGAGUUAAAAAUUAGGCCUCAGUUGACACCUGUGCACUCUCACAUGGGUGUACAAUUCAGUGCAAAUACCAUAAGAGGAUUUGACUUCAGAGCAGAACGUAAAUUGUGAGGUGCCUUUUAAGUACAACUAACUGAAAGAAGUGUGAGCAAGAUGUCCAGCAUCUUGAAAACACAGGUGAAACCACCUCUUCGGAUCUGUCAGAGUGAUAAAAAUAACCUUCAAAGUCACUGAAACUGGGGAAGAAAAACUAGCUUAUUCCUCAGUCCAUCCUAGCAGCCCACUGAAGGUGUAUUUGAUCCUCACAAACAGAGUUGUAGCGGGGAAGUCUGGAGCGUCCUAUAAUCCCCAGAAAGUUAAAGCAUAUCAAAAUAAUCCUCAGGAUUUGCAGAAUUUGUAACUUGUUUUGAAUAAAGGCAUAUAUUUGA